AUGUCCGACAUUAACACUGGGUAUUUGUGUCUUAUGACUCGUCCGUCUGAACCACUGUUUUACCCAAAGUACAAUAGUGAAGUGUUUAUGGACUUGCCGGUCCACUACUUGCCUGAACGAUAUCAGGCGAUUGCGGAAUCGAUAAAAAAUCGCUUAGGAUCAGUCGCCAAGCAUCACAUAGUGAUCGAACCAGUGAAUGUGCCGGAUCUGAGCUAUGCAACCAGCAUCCCGCAGCAAGGAGAUUUUAAUUUGUUCAGUCCGGCUCAUAGGCGCGCCGCAGGCCAACUGGUUGCUGAUUUGAUCGCCCAACCGGAUCCGAAGACGAUGCUAUCUGUUGCGGCCUAUGCUCGAGACCGUCUGAAUCCUACAAUGUUUCAGUACGCCCUGACGAUCGCGUUGAUGCACCGUCAAGACACUAGAACCGUACCCAUUCCGUCGUUUUUGGAAAUGUUUCCCACACGGUUCGUUGAUUCCAGCAUUUUACCUCAACUUCGCCAAGAAGGGUUCAUUGCCGAGCAGAAAGAGCGCAUUGCUGUCGAUAUACCGCACAAUUUUACAGCCGCCGAAGGCGAACCAGAGCAACGACUAGCUUACUUUCGGGAAGACAUUGGACUGAACCUCCAUCACUGGCACUGGCACUUGGUGUACCCACAGGAGGCUCCGUUGGAGGUGGUAAACAAAGACCGCCGCGGCGAGCUUUUCUACUACAUGCAUCGCCAGGUAGUGGCACGUUACAAUGUGGAACGAUUCUGCCAUUUUCUACCAACGACGACGCCGUUGAAAAAUCUCCGAGAGCCGAUUCCGGAGGCAUAUUUUCCAAAAAUUCUGAACAGCGCCUUAAACCGAACGUAUCCUGGCAGGGCGACAAAUCAAGUGAUGAGCCAUGUCAAUCGUCCAGGGGACGAUGCCGUCGCCACAAUAUUGGAACUGGAAACGUCGCUUGGCCGCAUUAAAGAGGCGAUUCAUUCAAAAUUCGCAUUGUCGGCUGACGGUCAACGAAUACCUUUGGAUGAGCAUACCGGGAUUGAUGUAUUGGGAAACAUUGUAGAGAACUCCAUUUUAUCUGUCAACCUACAACACUAUGGAAACUAUCAUUCCUUGCUACAUUCUAUGAUUGGUUUUAUUCAUGACCCAGACAAUCUGUACCUUGAAAGUCACGGUGUGUUGGGUGAUUUUCCAACAGCUAUGCGCGAUCCAGUCUUCUACCGCCUCCACGCUCAAGUUGACGAACUCUUUGAUCAGCACAAGCAAAAGCUCGCUCCUUACAACGAUAGUGAGCUCGCCUUUCCAGGUGUCGCUAUCACCAACGUUUCGGUGCAGAUAACAAGCGGGAAGUCUGCUAAAAAUCGGCUCCUCACCUUUUGGCAACGGUCACAGGUCGAUCUGGGUGCUGGACUCGAUUUUGGACCCCAAGGUAAUGUUAUCGCCACUUUCACACACAUCCAACACGCCCCAUUCGCCUACCAGAUCCUCGUGUACAACGAAACAAACCAGGAAAAGAAGGGAACCGUGCGAAUUUUUCUCGCACCCAUCGAUGGUGUGGAUGGGGACCAAUUUUUGCUGGCUCAACAACGCCGAUAUAUGAUUGAACUGGACAAGUUCGUCGUGAAACUGCAUCCUGGCGAAAACCGUGUUAUCCGAAAGUCGGACCAUUCCAGUGUUACCGUACCGUACGAUCGGACAUUUGGCCGCGUGGAUGUAUCCAGUAUGCAAGGCGCUGAGAGGUUCCAGUUUUGCAAGUGUGGUUGGCCGGACCACAUGCUACUACCGAAGGGGUCUCCGGAAGGACGUAAGUUCGAUCUGUUUGUUAUGGUUUCAGACUACGAGCAAGAUAAGGUCGAGACAGGCGUCCUCGACGACGGCAAAUGUAACGAUUCCCAUUCGUACUGUGGACUCCAAGAUCAGAUGUAUCCGGACCGACGCGCUAUGGGAUUCCCGUUUGAUCGACUGCCUACUCCAAACGAUCAUAUGAUAAGAGACUUUUCAUCACGAUUCUCGAAUAUGAACCGAACUGUGGUAGAGGUUGUUUUCACCAACACGGUUAUCGCACGUACAUAAUGUGCAUACUGCAUAUGCAUAUUUA